AGAGCCUUCCAGCACCACCAUGCCAACCUCUGUGUGCAGCUCCUUCCCGGUGUCCAGCACCUCAGAGCCUCCCAGCACCACCAUGCCAACCUCUGUGUGCAGCUCCAUCCCGGUGCCCAGCACCUCAGAGCCUCCCAGCACCACCGUGCCAACCUCUGUGUGCAGCUCCUUCCCGGUGCCCAGCACCUCGGAGGCCUCCAGCAGCACCAUUCCAGUCCCCCUGUACAGCUCCAUUCCAGAGACCAGCACCCCCAAGCCCUCCAGCAGCACCAUUCCAGUUCCCCUGUACACCUCCAUUCCAGUGCCCAGCACCCCAGAGCCAUCCAGCAGCAUCGUGCCAGUCUCCCUGUGCAGCACCAUCCCAGUGGUUGGCACCUUGGAGUACCCUGGCAGCACUAUGAGCAGCCUUGUCCUGGGGCCCUGCACCCUGGAAUCCCCUGGCAGCCCCACCCCAGGGCUCCCCAGUAUUAUUAGCUCAGUGUCUUGCAACCCAAACUCCCCAGGCAGCUCUGCUUUACCCCCCUGCAGCUCUGGGUCCCCUGGCAAUGCCAGCACAGCCUCCUGCACUCCAGGGCCCCCUGGCACCAGCUCCACUCCACAGAAAGCUCCUUUCCACGGGUGGCGAGCAGCACCUCCAGACUUUUCCUGCAGCCUUCUGGCCUCUGAGCCUCCAUCUGCAAAUGGGAGUGCUGAUCCUCUGAAUUGCCAGGGCACCCCUGAGGGAGCCAAAUUCCCCGCCCCUGUCCCUCCAGAACAGAGCCCACCUGGCCUCCCUCCCAUCAAGGCAAGUGGGUUGGAGCCUGCAGGAUCAGAAGUCACUCUCACCCCUGUCACCUCGCCUGAAUCAACCCUGGGUGCUGUGUCCUGGAUGUUGCCACUGGUGUGGCUGGAGAAGACCCUCAACAGCUCAUUCCUGGUGGAAUCCCUGAGGCACAGCCUGCCCCUCCGCAAGCUGCAGCAGGACGCCAGCAGCAGUGUCACCCCCAUGCCCACUGUGGCCACGGGCACCAGCAUAACCCCUGUGUCCACCAUGGCCACGGGCACCAGCAUAACCCCUGUGCCCACUGCAGUAGCUGGCACCAGCACGACCCCAGUGCCCACCACAGCCUUUGGGACCAGCAUGACUCCAGUGCCCACCAUGGCCACAGGCACCAGCAUGACCCCGGUGCUCUCCAUGGCCACUGGCACCUUCAUGACACCUCGGGAUGUGUGGGAGAGGAGCAUGAACACAUCCAGGGGAAGCGUCCCGUGUGCCAAGGACAGCGCUGCGGAAACAGACUCCCUGCUCUGGCACUGUCCCCGGGAGCAGCUGAAGACCCUGCCGAGGGCAGAGCUGGAGGGGAGGCUGGAGAGCACCCUCAUCAUCAUUGAAGUGCUCUCGCUGCAGCUGCGAGACUGGCAGGAGAGCCAGGCGCUGCGGCCGGGCGCGAGGCCGGCCGAGCAGAGAGAUGCGCUCACACAGACGGACACCAUCCACUUUGAAGGGAGCACCUGGAGUAGCCAGAGCCUCCUGUUCCGGGGCCUGGCGGAUGCCGCUUCUCAAAGCUUGCAGGAUGAGCAGCGGGAGCAAGAGAGGACCCUGGUGUCCCAGGCUGUGCUUGAGAGUGCUUCCAGCAAGGUGCAGAGCCGCCUGGGAGAGCGGGAUGCCAUCGGGCAGCGAGUGGAUGAAGCCCUAUGGGCCAAGGAUCAGGAAUAUCUCUUUCUGGAGGCUUUCUUUGCCCAUGCCAGUGCUGAGAUCAGUGCCCGUGACCAGAGCCUGGCCUCCCAGCAAGAGCUGAGCACGCUGCUGGCCCGUGCUACCAACCUGCAGGCAUCCCUGUCUGCCGAGGCACAGUCUUUCCGGCAGUUCUUAGAUGUCACCUUUGAAAAUCUGGAGAAGGAAAGGAGAGCGCUGGAUGAGGAGCGGGAGCAGAUGAGAGCCCUGGUGUUCCAGUCCCGUGCCCUGUUGGAGCGCGUGCCCGGCAAGCUGCGGAGCUGCCUGGAGGAACUGGCUGCCACACGGGAACGAGCAGAGGAAGCUCUUCAAGCCAAAGAGGAGGUAUCCUGCCAGCUGGAGAAGACCUUGGCGACCCUGCAGGACACAGAGGCUCAGCUGCAGCAGCUGACAGUGGCCAACUCACGCCUGGGCAAAGACCUGAGCUCUGUGACAAUAAAGCUGGCCAGCACGGAGCAGGAGCGGGAUGCGCUGCAGCAGGAGAACGAGAAGCAGUGGGAGGAGAUGGCCCAGCUGGCGCAGGGGAGGAGCUCCCUGCAGCAGGAGUGCAAGCAGCUGUGUCAGGAGCUGUGGGAGGCCACCGAGUGCCGGGAGUUCCUGGAUCAGGAGAACAAAAUGUGCCGCAUGCAGCUGCAGGAGGUGGAGGCCAGACUGAACUCCACGCUGGCCACACUGCAGGAGCGCGUCCUGCAGCACGAGGAGCUGAUGGAGACCCACCAACGCCUGUGGGAAGAGCAGGCUACCCUCAGCAAGGAGCUGGACAGCACCAAGGCCGAGCUCCUCAGCUUGCAGACAAAGAGGAACAAAGUUUAUUGGUGCUCCACUGACAUUAUGGAGAGCAAGAUGCGGUUGCAGGAGCUCGCUGACUGCCUCAAGGCUGCUCUGGAAGAGCAGGAUGAUCGUGAUGCUCCAUCGAGAAGCAAAGCCUGGACCCCGGGCCCCCGGACCCCGGGCUGGCAGACCCCACGCCGUGCCUGGACCCCGGCCUGCCGCACCCCGCACCACGCCAGCAGCUCCUUCGUGGGCAGCGUCCUGAAAGCUGUGGCAGGGAAAGAUGCCAAUGAAACCACCAUCAGUGGGAGUACAGUCGCCAAGGAUAAAUUCGGGUCUGUGCCAAAGCCAACAGAUCCUGAGGACACUCUGCUGGAGAGCGUGAAGGAGCUGAGAGCUGUGGUCUCCAACCUUGCCAUGCUGAGCACCCGCAUCCAGGAACUGGAGCAGAGCGAGUUCAGGGCACUGCAGACAGAGAUCUCUGUCCUGCAGCUGCGCCUGGAGACACUGACAGCUGAGAGCCAGGAGAAGGUGGAUACCCAGGCUGCCACCAUUGCCAAGCUGAACAAGGCGCUGAGGACCAAGCUCGAGAAUGAGAAGGAGCUGCAGGAUGCGGUGAAACAGCAGGAAGAGAAGAUGUUGCAAUUCAUAGACAAGAGUGGGGAAGUCACGAGACUGAAGGCAGAAGUCUCCCACCUCAAGUGCUUGCUCCAGCGUGCAGAAACAGAGGCCAAGGUGCUGUGGGAGGAGAUGAGGGACAAGGAGCACCAGGUGGACACUGCCUAUGUCCAGGAGCGGGUCAUGCUGCGGCAGGAGGUGGAUAAACUGACACUGAUGCUUGUGGAAAAAGAAAAUGAGAAUAUAAGGCUCACUAACAAGUACCUGGAGCAGAUCCAAGGGCUGGAGAUGAAACUCCAUCGUGCCCAGAAAGUGCUGAGGACCCAUGAGGAGAUGCAGGAGAACAUAAAAGAGGUCCUGUCAACUGUCCCUGCAGUCCUGGGCUGCCAGGAGCUCCAGAGCCUGCUGUGCAACCUGGGCCUGAAGCCAGCCAGCAAGGAAGCUGCUGAGCCGCUAUAGCCUGUAGCCUGAAACCUUUCCUGUUGUUAGUGUUGUAAUUAUUUAUUGAAUAA